UGUGUAAAAACAGUUUAUUUCUCUCCUUCAGUUUUCCAUUGGCUAACAUACUUUGUUUCUGCUAAGCUGAUUUGACUACUGCAAGGAAAUACAUACCAAGGACAUAUUACUUGGCAUGGUGAAACCACGUUGGGGUCAGAAAACUGAAUACUACACAAGUCAAGGUUUAAUGUAUUACACCUUGAAGGGCCUUGCUUCAGUGUCCUAUGGUAAGGAAUUGAGGGGUGGAGGGAGAAAGGUAGGGAUAACCAAAAAGGAUGUACUCAGACAGUAAAGAUUUCGGAGGGGUGAGCAAGAAGUUGCAGUAAAAUCGUACCUUUUUUUUUUUCUUCCUGUAAACUGUCUUUGGUUUAUGAGCCAAAGAAUGAGUUUAUAAGGGGGCAGAGCAAAGAAUGGGGUAGUAGUGAAUUUGUUGUACUUAAGUGGGCUGUCAACUUCAUAAUAUAAAAAUGAACUUUUCAACAAAUAGAGCUGCUCACUCGGAAAGGGUGGCCUAUGUAACUUGGGGUUCCCCAUCAUUGGCGGUGUUUCAGCCUAAGUGGCAUAUCUUGUUAGAAAUGUAUUACAGUAAACAGUAUUCCUGUAUCCUUCAUUCCGCAAAUGCAAAAGCCUGCUCUGUACAAGGUAUAUGCAGAAUAUGAAAAGGUAUCAAAUCUGGAUCUGCUCUCUGCCAGCUGUCAAAGCAUUGCUUCUCACACACGUUAAUGUGAUCCUGUUAAAAUGCAGAUUCUGAACCCUGGGGAUGGGGCCUGAUUCUACAUUUCUAACAGGCUCCCAGGUGAUGCCAACGCUGCUGGUCUGUGUAACACAGAUAAACGUUUCUAGUAGAGAAGGAGACAUGCAAAUACUUAUAAUACAAAGGUAAGUACCUUAGGGCUUCCACUAAUUUUCAUAAAAAACCUGGAUCCCUCCCAACCCUAGGACUGCCUUUGCCCUUUUUAUACCUUUAGGGUUCCUUCUGAUGUUUUCGUUGUUGCUAUCUUCCUUGAAUUUUAUUUCUUCUGAGGUUUCUCACUGCGUAUGGUGUUUCUUAGCCUAGGAAAGCCUUUUCGUUAUUCUCCUAAGACUAACAUUUUACUAAUUUGUCAAAGUCUAGCUCCUAAAUACGCCAUCUUGAAUUCUUCCCUGCAACCCCAGUCGGGCUGACAGCUCCUUCCUUGUCUCUCCUCAUUGAGCAGGUUUUUCUUGUGGGGGGUGCGGGGGGCGGGGGGAGGGCGGAGGGACGGAGUGUCGCUCGGUCGCCAGGCUGGAGUGCAGUGGUGAGAUCUCGGCUCACUGCAACCUCCACCUCCCGGGUUCAAGCGAUUCUCCCGCCUCAUCCUCCCCAGUAGCUGAGACUUCCGGCGCGCGCCACCACGCCCAGCUAAUUUUUGUAUUUUUAGUAGAGACCGGGUUUCAACUUGUUGGCCAGGAUGGUCUUGAUCUCCUGACUUCGUGAUCCGCUCGCCUAGGCCUCCCAAAGUGCCGGGAUUACAGGCGUGAGCCACCGCGCCCGGCCAGAACAGUUUUAACCUCCAGCAAUGGCCACUGCUUCCUUCUGCCUGCAGUUGGAAGUCAGUUUCAGUUUUCUUAUUCCCUAUAAGGAACCCACCUCUCCCGUCGCCUAACACACAGAUGCUGCCCAGAAAACGUGCUGGCGCACCUCAGGCUGGGUAGAAAGCCGCGCCGCUCCUCCCGGUACCGAGCGCCAAAGCCCAGGGAGGCGGCCUCCGAGUGUCCUGUGGGUACGUCCCUUCCGCCGGGUAGUCUCAGAGGCCCAGCGCUCCAAUGAUCCCGGGUGCAGUCCCCCCAGGAGGCACAGGCCCUGCCUGGCGCCCCCUCCUGGCGCUGGAGGCUGCGUGCGACUGCCCACCAUCGAGGCGGCGGCGGCUAGAGAGGCCGGCGGGCCCGGGACACCGAGGCUGCAGGCCGCAGGGAACGCGCACGGGGCCGAGUCCGCGCCGCCCGCCUUGUAGCCAUUUUAGGAGGAAUCGCUGAUCGCCAGCGAGGGGUGCGGCUUCAAUUUCAAUAACUUUAUUGGUGGCCUGAUCUGCAGAACAGUCAUCACUUCAGUGGCCCCUGGAGGAGGGAGCGCAUCGCCCGAGGUGGUCCCCGACAAGCUGCAGCCAUGGGAAACACCACCAGCGACCGGGUGUCCGGGGAGCGCCACGGUGCCAAGGCUGCCCGCUCCGAGGGCGCAGGCGGUCAUGCCCCGGGGAAGGAGCACAAGAUCAUGGUGGGCAGUACGGACGACCCCAGCGUGUUCAGCCUCCCCGACUCCAAGCUCCCUGGGGACAAAGAGUUUGUAUCAUGGCAGCAGGAUUUGGAGGACUCCGUAAAGCCCACACAGCAGGCCCGGCCCACUGUUAUCCGCUGGUCUGAAGGAGGCAAGGAGGUCUUCAUCUCUGGGUCCUUCAACAAUUGGAGCACCAAGAUUCCACUGAUUAAGAGCCAUAAUGACUUUGUUGCCAUCCUGGACCUCCCUGAGGGAGAACAUCAGUACAAGUUCUUUGUGGAUGGACAGUGGGUUCAUGAUCCAUCAGAGCCUGUGGUUACCAGUCAGCUCGGCACAAUUAACAAUUUGAUCCAUGUCAAGAAAUCUGAUUUUGAGGUGUUUGAUGCUUUAAAGCUAGAUUCUUUGGAAAGUUCUGAGACAUCUUGUAGAGACCUUUCCAGCUCACCCCCAGGGCCUUAUGGUCAAGAAAUGUAUGUGUUUCGAUCUGAGGAAAGAUUCAAAUCCCCACCCAUCCUUCCUCCUCAUCUACUUCAAGUUAUUCUUAACAAAGACACUAAUAUUUCUUGUGACCCAGCCUUACUCCCUGAGCCCAACCAUGUUAUGCUGAACCAUCUCUAUGCAUUGUCCAUUAAGGACAGUGUGAUGGUCCUUAGUGCAACCCAUCGCUACAAGAAGAAGUAUGUUACUACUCUGCUAUACAAGCCCAUCUGAAGGGAUCCCUUCUUGCCUCCAAGGAUUCAGGAGAAGCAUCUCCCUUGCCUUUCUGGACUGAACCAGUCUUACCUGAGACUGGAAGGCUGAUUUGCUUUGAGGCUGAUAUGUGUGUUUCAGAGCCUCUGAGUAGGACGCUCUGCUUUUGCAUUUGAUUGCAGAUGAGAGCUUUAUGAGUUCACGGAAUUUAUUUUAAGAAAAAAAAUAUACAUAUGAGAAGAAGGUAAAUGGAAGCCUCCUAGCCCCAGCUAGAAGUAUUAUUUCUGCCUAUAGGUUUUCACCAAGACCUGUUUGGGGGCGCUGCAGGAAUAACUAUAUAGGAAGCUUUUUCCUAAAACGAAAGAACAGCAAACUCUUAGGAUCCUUGUUGGGCGGAGAUUCUAUCACUGCUACCUUGGCUCUCCAAGGAAUGGGCUUGUGCUAGACCGCUGCCCUACUUAACAGCUGCCUAAUUGCAAGGGCAGCUUUUCUUGCAUGGGUUCUCUAUAUUCCCAGAGUAUGUGGCACAAUGUGUGUUGUUUAUAUGAUACCAGAUGCCCCACAAGAACCCGUUUUCCUCUCAUUUCACAUUCUUCCUUUAAUAGCCUCCUUCAGAUCCCAUACCUGACCCCUCUCUAACACAAAACUCAUUGGGUAAGUGACUGAAAAGUUUUGUGGCACCUGAUCCAACCCAGACACUAGGCCUGUCAGAAGGUCCCUUUUUAGCCCAGCAUAGGCGCAGGCCACUUUGUCGUGUUUGUUUUAACUUCUAAAGGAAAUAUGUCUCAGCAUUAUAAGAAAAGCAGAAUGCAGAACAUCUACUUUUUUGUUUUAGUUUGGUGCCAAGGCUCAGGCUGUAUUGGCAAAUUCCCGAAAGUUUUCACACUUUGCCUGGCCCUGCUUCUGUCUUUUCUCUCUCAGCAAACAGUUCUGAAGGUAGGAGUGGAACCAGGGAGUACUUUCAUGUCUUUCAUCCUUGAAAGAUUUUUAUGUGCCUGCAUUUUUUUUUUUUUAAUUAAAAAAAAAUGCCUUUUCAUUGGUCUUAAGAGACUGCAUUGGAGAAUUUCAGGCUUUUGAUAAAUGCUUCUUCAGAUUUUUUUCUCUAGUCUAGCCUUCCACGUUCUUAGAUCAAUAUGGCCAACCCUGUACACAUCACUACACUAAACACUGCUCUAGAUAAACUGCUCAAGUUCAUUUCAUUCAUUUGAUGCACCUAAAAGGUUCCCUCAUUUUAAAGAUUGUUAGGCCAAGAAGCAAGAAAGUAUUCCUGGCAUUCCCAACCAUGAAAAGUAUCGUUCUUUGCACCAAGUGUUAACAAAAUCAUUUUGUUCUCCUGCCUCUUCUUUUUAAAGGGUUUGAUGAUUAAAUGGGGUCAUUGAAUUCCAUUUGUGAGCUGAAAAGUAUUCAAUCCACUUUUGGGGUUCAGAGAUAAAACAUUUUUUCCCAAGUAGCUGGGGCUCUUCCAUUUUACAGAUAAGUCAAAUAGUACUAAAGGAGGCUAAACUAUUGAUGAAUGAGAGACUCCCUGACUGCUCAGAUGAGCCUAGCCACACUGAAAGGGCACCUACAGGUCAGUUUAGCUACCUCCUGUCUUUCCCAUGCAAAGCUGACAAUGCAGUUGUCUUUGGACUUGUAGACCUCUUGGAUUCCAGGUGUGAUGGAGUAAAGUAUGGGAUUGUUGUUUUGCUGGGGUGCAAAUAACUAAAUGCUUUGGUGGUUAAUUGCUAAGAGUAAAUACUACUUUAACCAUCCAAGGCUACCUUCUGCAGCAAAAGGCUUUUGUGGAGAACCUUUUAUGUUCCCAACCACUUUUUGAAUGGUGUGCCAUUUAAAAAUCCAGGCCAGAUCCUAUUAUAACCAACUCUCAGGAUUUACAGUCUUCAGUUGUACUAGAAUUUUGUUUUUAUCCAAUACCCAUUAAAUAAGUGGGCCACUUAGGAGGAUUCAAAA